AUGAGCUCGGAAACUGUUGCGCAGCAUUACAACGCAGUACGACAGGAUGGGAUUGCUGGCCGAGCAGAAAGUAGAAUUUUCUACCUACGAAACCUCAAUAACUGGAUCAAAAGCGAGUUGAUAAACGAAGCUAUGCAUUUGCUUCGAAAUGAAGCUGUCAAUAAAAUGUUCCGACCUCGUGUGCUUGAUUUGGCUUGUGGCAAAGGAGGAGACCUUAGAAAGUGGAAAAUAGCAAAUGUUGAUAGCGUGGUUAUGGCUGAUGUUGCUGAAGUUUCUCUGAGUCAAGCGAAAGAAAGAUAUAACGAAAUGGCCGAACGAGAACGCGGAUUAUUUCCAGCAGAAUUUGUUCAUUCAGAUUGCUGUAAGGAUAAUCUGAAGUCUCAAAUCACGUCUCAUCCAGAGUUUGACCUCAUUAGUUGUCAAUUUGCUCUUCAUUAUUCAUUCAUUGACGAACAAUCAGCUCGUACUUUUCUACGUAAUGCAACGGAAACAUUACGACCGGGUGGAUUUCUGAUAGGAACCCUUCCUGAUGCUGAGAGGAUCGUGUGGGCUGUACAACAAAACGAUGGUGAAUUCAAAAAUGCUGUCUGUAGUGUUCAAUACGACAAUAAGGAUGAGAUGAAGAAUCCGCCUCUGUUUGGUGCGAAAUUCCAUUUCACACUGGAUAGCCAAGUGAACUGUCCAGAAUUCUUGGCCUACUUUCCACUUGUGAAGCAUCUUCUGGAAGAGUUGGACAUGGAACUUGUGUUCAUGCGACGUUUUCCGGAGGCUCUGCAGCAUUGGAAGUCCACGGGAGCUGGGUUGCUCGCUAGAAUGCAAGCCCUAGAGCCGUAUCCAUCGAGAAAUGGUGCCAAACUGUCAGGUGAAGAUAUUGAGUACGAACAAGCGGAAGAGUUUGUGAAAAAACUUGAUGCAAGCGAAAACCCAACUGUUGGUACAUUAUCAAAAUCGGAAUGGGAAGCAUUUUGUAUGUACCUCGUGUUUGCUUUUCGAAAGAAAGGAGGAACCAGAGAGUCAGGAUCGAGUGAAGGUGGACCCAGGAAAAGCGACGAAGCUCCUGAAGUCAAACGAGCAAGAACAGAAGAGGAUGAUGAAGAAACCACAAGUUGA